UCUACCCUUGCGUCACGCAGUGAGUGAUUAACCGGAAGAGACGUUAUGGCUCAUUUCUAGAAGGCGAGGAACAGGUUGUGGUGAAAGCGCAACUCCAGAUGGAGAUAGAGUCUGAGACGCUCUCAGCUGCCAUGGCUGACACCUUAAAAGUGUCAGAGACCAGAGAAACCACCACAGACCCCGAGGAAGACCGUUUCUAUGACUGUGAGGACAUGUUACCUGAAGAAGAUGGACACACAGAGAGAGAGCACAGAGAGCUGGUGUCAGACGACAGGACAGAAAAUGAGAAACUAGAAAACGUGGAUGGCACUGACCGGUUGUGUUUGGAUAACACGUCAGAAGAGGAUUCUGAAGGGCACGCGGACAGCUCGGAAAAGAGACACGACUCAUUAACAACAGACCUGGAUCCCGAGAAAGACAAUGACGAGGAACAGGAGAAAUGGGAGAAGUUUGUGGAGAGCGACGAGCAGAGAGAGGGCGACUCGGAUUCAGAAUUCAAAGAGGAGGCGGUCAAGGAGAACGAGUUUGAUGAGGAAUACCUGCGUGAGCUGGAGAAAGACCUGACGGAGGAAGAGAAAGAGAGCAGAAGAAAGGAGAGUUUACAGCUGAAGGAGAAGGGCAACACACAAUUUAAGAGUGGAGAGCAUGCCGAGGCUGAAGAGUCUUACACGUCCGCUCUGAAAGUGUGUCCUGUGUGCUUCGGUAAAGAGAGAUCCAUACUCUUCUCUAAUCGAGCUGCUGCACGCCUGCAUCAGGAUAAAAAAGACAGCGCUAUUAGUGACUGCUCUAAAGCCAUAGAACUAAAUCCAAAUUAUGUCCGUGCCAUUCUGAGGAGAGCAGAACUCUACGAGAAGACAGACAAGCUUGAUGAAGCUCUAGAGGACUAUAAAAGUGUGUUGGAGAAAGACCCGGGCAUCCCUGCAGCUAGAGAGGCCUGUAUGCGAUUGCCACGGCAAAUCGAGGAGCGAAACGAGAAGCUGAAAGAAGAGAUGAUGAGUAAGCUGAAGGACUUGGGCAACAUGAUUCUGCGACCCUUCGGUCUCUCCACCUCCAACUUCCAGGUCAACCAAGACACCAACACAGGAUCCUACUCCAUUAAUUUUGUUCAGAAUCCCAACAACAACAACAGAUAGCUACUCCGGGUGUCUUUUUAUAGAGUGUGAACUUCCCCAUUCAAGUGUCACUCUCACUCUCUGACUAUUCAGUCGUAUGCACUAAUUCAUUAAUACAAGUAAAAAAAGCUGGUUUUUCAUCGACCGAUAGAAUUAUCCGCUCAUGUCAAGUGGUUUUUGGGGAACUUGUAAGCCUGUGUUAUAUAGAUAUUCAGUGUUUUGGCAUGCCGGGAUGUUACAUUUGCUGUGAAGCUGGUGUCAGUGAUCCAGACUGUUGAUCACGAGCAAUGACAUAAUGGGCAUUCAUCACCAUUACCUGCGUUCACAUUAAACCAGCGGAUAAGAUCCUA